AUGUUACGUUUCCGGGGUAGUGCCAUCAAAAAGGGGCUGGUAAGAGGUGCCUCGACCGUGAAGAACACGGAAUUUGAUCCAAAGUCCCUUCACAUUGCCGAUAACUCGACGAUCUACUCGGCAAUCCAGCCAACAGGGAAGUUCCACCUGGGGAACUACCUGGGUGCUGUUCGUGUCUGGAGGGAUCUGUGUGAGGUUGCACCGGCAAAUAGCACUGUUAUUUAUGGUGUUGCUGAUCUCCACGCGAUGACAAUCCCCAAAAGUGCUGAUGAGUUGAGGAAGUUCAGAUAUGAGGCUAUCGCUAGCAUUCUCUCUACUGGUAUUGACCACGAUAAGGCCAUUGUCUAUCACCAAAGUGGUGUUCCACAGCAUGCAGAACUGAAUUGGAUCCUAUCCUGUGUUUCAGGAAUUGGAUACCUUGGAAGAAUGACCCAGUGGAAGAGCAAGUCGAAAGGCUCCGAUAGUGCGUCCUUGGGUCUGUUUGCAUAUCCUGUGUUACAGGCUGCUGAUAUCCUCCUGUUCAAGUCUACACAGGUCCCGGUUGGAGAUGACCAAUCCCAACAUCUGGAACUAUGUAGACAUAUCGCUGAGCAAUUCAAUAAAAAGUUUGAAAAUACUUUCCCGUUGCCAACGACAAUUCUUGCUCCUACUAAAAAGAUCCUCAGUUUAAAGGACCCAUCAAAGAAGAUGUCAAAAUCUGACCCUGACCAAGCUAGCACCAUUUAUAUCACAGAAGAGCCUGACGCAAUUGCUAAAAAGAUCAAGAAGGCAGUGACAGACUCCAUCAGCGAUCAUUUUUCCUAUGACCCUAUCAACAGACCGGGUGUAUCGAAUAUGAUAAACAUCAUCAGUGGAGUUCAAAGAAAACCCAUUGAACAAGUAGAGCAAGACAUUGCUAAUCUGAAGGAUCAUAAGGCAUUUAAGGACUACGUCACAGAGGUGAUUGUUGAAGAGUUUAAGCCGACCAGAGAAGAGUACAAUAGGCUCAUCCAAGACCCACAGUAUCUUCAUUCGAUAGUUCAGAAGGGAAACAGAAGGGCUCAAGAAAUAGCGGAGAAGACUAUGAAGGAGGUUAGAAAGAACUCUGGGCUAGACUAG